UGUCAACACAGCAAAAUGUAGAAAAAUGUGAAAAUGCUUGAGGGUAACUGUGAAAAUUGUGCUGGUUAAAUUGUUAAUACAAAAUAAAAAUAAACAAUACAAUAUCAAAAUGCACUUCUAAAUCAAAGUUGACCAGUUUUUAUCGUUUUUUUCGAGAUUCUGAAAACACAUUCAUUUGUACGCUGCGCUGUAUUGGUGAUGGUAUUUUAAUCCACCAGUAUGGCCUGUUUGUUGAUUUGUGGCAAAUAAGUUAGCAUAAAUUGUUGAACCCGAUCGCUGGCCAAACUUUCAAAAUAAAAACAAAAACCAUCAUUGUACAUAAUGGAACAAGAAAUUGGAACAUGGGACUCAGUUCUUCUGGAAAAUCUUUCUGAAGAUAGCUUUAUUAACAAUAUCCACCUUCGCUACAAACGUGACCACAUAUACACAUACAUUGGAACAUCUGUUGUCGCUGUGAAUCCAUAUCAUCACAUAUCAGAACGAACGUCAGACACCAUACGUAACUAUGGCAGCAAAGGAAUAUUUCAAUUGCCUCCGCAUAUUUACGGUUUGACGAAUUUAGCAUUUCAAUCGCUGAAAGAUCAAGGAGAAGAUCAGUGUAUUGUACUCACAGGCGAAAGUGGUGCAGGGAAGACGGAAUCCUUCAAAAUGAUCGUUAAUUUUCUCACGCAUAUUCAAGAUAAAAUCACAACGUCGCAACUAUUUAAAAAAGAAAUACCAAAUAGUAGUACUGGCAGUGGUUAUAGUGGUCAUGUUCAAAUGCAUCGACGUACAUCUAGCAAUUGUUCGGUUCCAAAUGUUGCUUUAUAUAAAAAAUCUGAUAGUGCCAUGACAAUAACAAAUACAGCGCGUCGUCAGUCGCUUUCGCCUGGUCCAGGACCACGUCGUUGUAGCACUGCAAAUGUCUCCGCACAACGCAUUCGCGCUGAAAGCUCAGAUCGCAGUCAAGGUCGGCGUAAUAUGCGAGAGAAAAUUGUUGAUUUCGAUUUCUCUCAUCACAAAAGUACUGAAAAUAUUUCAUAUAUCGAUGGAAAGGUUACAUCACGUACUAUUGAAAAACAUCCGUCAAAGUCAUGCUUUAAGCACCAACCAACACAAACAGCCCCUAUUAACACUGCCAAUUUAAUGAAUUCAAGCUUUGCCACAUCGUCAAAAUACCUGCAUAGUGCCCAUCACUCUGGAAAUGUAUCUAGCGGAGGUUGUCGUCAGUGUGGCCACAGUAAAUGUACACGCGCUUUAGCUCUUGAAAUGGACCCUCGCAAUAUGCCAUUCAAAACGACCACUACACAUAGCUUUUUAGCUGGUCCUUCUAGAGCCAUGCAUCGCGGUAGCUUCUGUAAUUUAUUACGACAACAUUCCACAGAAAGCCAAACAGACCGUUCAUCACUGAUUGGUUCAACACAACGUAUUUCUCUUUACGAAGCACACAAACAGAAUCAGAUGGUCGGCGUCACUUGUACGGCCAUACCAAGUAGUUUUGCAACUGGUGCACAAACUUCUUCAUCACUUUCACUCUCAGGGACAAUGAAUGUGCCAAACACAAAGUCGCGUCGAAAGUCACCUAGUCAAAGAUUACGAGAAUGUGUCACUUGUGCCGAUGUUUUUCUCGAAGCCAUGGGGAACGCGGUUACCUUAAAGAACAGCAAUUCCAGUCGUUAUGGCAAACUGUUCGACAUUGAAAUCGAUUUUAAGGGCGAUCCAAUGGGCGUGCACAUAACUCAUUUCAUGCUGGAAAAGACGCGCAUUACCAAUCCCGGUGUUGGGGAACGAAAUUUUCACAUCUUCUACCAGUUGCUGUUGGGGGCUGAUCUGCCAUUGUUAAAAUCCCUAAAACUAUAUAGGAAUGUGGAAAAAUACGAUAUCUUAAGGAAUACAACUGCCAUUGAAGAAGAUCGCGAUAAUUUUCACUACACCAAAAAAUCUCUUGAAAUACUUGGCUUGUCGUGUGAUGAAAUUACCGCCAUACUUCGUGUCAUUGCAAUCGUUUUAAAGUUAGGAAACUUCAUUUUUGUGCCCAUAACAAAUAUCGACGGAACUGAAGGCUGUCAAAUAUCAAAUGUUUACGAAGUGCAAGAGACAGCACACUUACUAAGUUUAGAAGCUCAAAUCUUAAUAAAUUGCCUUACUCGAGCCAAUUGCUCAAAUAGCACUAUGGAAGAUGUCGGCUGCGAAUUAGAUGCUCGUCAAGCAGCCAACGCACGUAACACCCUUUGUCGCACACUUUAUGGCCGGCUAUUUACUUGGUUGGUGAAUAAAAUCAAUGAAAUACUAAAAUCUACACAACGUGAAAAGAAUUUAGCUUUACUCGAUUUUUACGGUUUCGAGUUGCUUGAAAUCAACUCCUUCGAACAAUUCGCAAUAAAUUACAGCGCUGAAAAGAUACACCAGAAUUUUGUUCACAACGUAUUAAGACUAGAACAGGAACUAUACAUACGUGAAGGACUGGAAUGGACACGCGUAGACUUUUUUGAUAAUGAGUCAAUUUGUGAACUUAUCGAUAAGCCAAGUUAUGGUAUUUUAGCAAUUAUUAAUGAGCCGCAUCUUAACAGCAAUGAAUCACUUUUGCUACGCAUUCAGCAGUGUUGUGCAGGGCACCCGAAUUUUAUAAGUGGUAGUCAGAAUUCAAUGUGCUUCAAAAUUCGACACUUUGCCAAUGUCGUCAGUUACUCGAUACAUCGUUUUUUAGAAAAGAAUUCGGACGUUUUGCCAAAGUAUGUUAGUGGGGCAAUGCACCAAAGUAAACUUCCUUUAGUUCAGAGUCUCUUUCCAGAAGGCAAUCCUCGACGACAAGUGAGCCGUAAGCCGACAACACUGAGUUCCAACGUUCGUACACAAUUGCAUACAUUAUUAGCCAUAAUAAAGAAUCGACGUUCCCACUAUGUGUUCUGUAUAAAACCGAAUGAAUGCAAGCAACCGCUUACCUUUGAUUUGGCAUUGGUGCAGCAUCAGGUGCGUUAUAUGUCGCUAAUGCCGUUGGUGCACCUCUGCCGCACUGGUCAUUGCUUCCAUUUGCCGCAUGCAAAAUUCUACAGUCGCUAUAAACUGCUGAAUAGCUCAACUUGGCCGCAUUAUCGUGGCAAUGUGAGUGCGGACAAUGCUCCUGGUUGCAGUAUUGUGGAAGGUGUUGCGCUUAUCAUACGCAACUUACCACUACCAGCGGCGGAAUUUACAAUCGGCACGAAAAACGUGUUUGUACGCAGUCCACGCACCGAAUAUGAAUUGGAACAAUUUCGCAGGGAGCGCAUCAAUGAAUUAGCCAUAUUGAUCCAGACAAAAUUUCGUAUGUAUGUGGCACGAAAACAUUUUAUGCGCAUGCGUCAAAGCCAGAUUAUAAUCGCGAGCGCCUGGCGCACAUGGCAGGAAUGUCGCUUUAGCAUUCCCUUUAAGGGCCGAAAGCACCUGUGGAGCCUCUAUCGAAGUGCACGCAAAGAAUAUACGGUUAUGAAGUAUAAACGCCAAGUGCAUUGGGCUGUCGAUAUUAUAUCCAAAUAUUACCGGCAUUGGAAAAUUAGGCAUUUCCUGUUAACCAUACCGAUGCGUUUGCCACCAAACACGUUAAGUCCGCUUUCCACAGAGUGGCCAACAGCGCCUAAAUUUCUUGCUGAAACGUCACGUCUACUUCGCGCCAUAUACCAUCGGUGGAAAUGCUAUAUUUAUCGCAGCUCUUUCGAUCAGACCUCACGCAACCGUAUGCGCGAAAAAGUUACUGCCAGUAUUAUCUUUAAGGAUCGCAAAGCAUCAUAUUCGCGGAGUGUGGGCCACCCAUUUGUUGGCGAUUAUGUGAGGCUGCGGCAUAACCAACAAUGGAAAAAAAUGUGUGUGGAAACAAAUGAUCAAUAUGUGGUAUUCGCUGACAUUAUCAAUAAAAUAACGCGUUCCAGUGGGAAGUUUGUGCCAAUUUUGCUGGUAUUGUCAACGUCGUCAUUACUCCUGCUUGACCAACGCACGCUACAAAUCAAAUAUCGCGUGCCUGCAUCGGAGAUUUAUCGCAUGUCCUUGAGCCCGUAUCUGGAUGACAUUGCAGUAUUUCACGUCAAAGCGUCUGAAUUUGGGCGUAAAAAGGGUGAUUUUGUUUUUCAAACGGGGCAUGUCAUCGAGAUUGUAACCAAAAUGUUUCUUGUCAUACAAAAUGCCACAGGAAAACCACCAGAAAUACACAUUAGCACCGAGUUUGAAGCGAAUUUCGGUCAACAAACAAUAAUAUUCUCAUUUAAAUAUGGUGGGAUGUCCGAUUUGGUGCAAUCUCAACCGAAAGUUACACGCAAAGCGAAUCGCAUGGAGAUUACUGUGUAAUCAUAUAAUGGAUUAGCUUAGGUGAAUGUUGUCAAAGUUUCAUAAUGUGAUUUGAAACUGUGGUAGUAUAGAAGACCGAAGUGUUUCAACCAGAUGUUAUAAUAUAGACUCCUCUUUGAUCGCUGACAAUCAGCUAAACAAAAAAAAACGCAAAAAUUAUCUGUUAUUAAUGAAAGUAGACAUUUUGGUUUGUGUGUGUUUAAAUGCCGGUUAUUUAUUUACUUCACAUAGGUAUUAUUGAAUGACAACAAAUAAACAUUUUUCUUUAUAAUUUUUUCAUGUUUCUUGUUUUCUAUGAUUUUAUUUUUAAUUUUUCUUUUAGAAAGUCGCUAAAUCUUUUUAUAUGUAACACACGCAUAAAUUUGAGAUUUCUUUAUAUCCAAAAAAAGCCUUUGGCUCAUACAUAUUCUAUUUCAAAAAAAGUGCACAGUGCAGUGCACCAGCAAGUAUUUACGAGCAUUUUAGUUUUAGUAAACCGCUUUCUAAAAAUAUAGAUCUUUCAAUUUACAGCCGAAAUAAUAUAAAUAUUUUAUAAAAAAUAUAAAAAUGUUAUGAAAAAAUACUCACAAAUGUUGUAAAAGUAUGAUUUUAAAUUUAUUGAAUUCACAUCAAUAGAAUUCUAAAUCAGUCAUUUUUAAUUGGAAACGCAUUACAAUAACAGAUGUCCUUGUAUACGAAUUGAGAAAAUUAUUUUAAAAUAUUCGAAGCAUCAGGUAAUAUAAAUGUUAUUUUUCUCUAGCUUUUUUUCUGUUAUUUCAUGCAAGUUUGUUCAGACUGCUUUAUUAUAUAUACAUACGUUUGUAUGUAUGUAUAUAUGUAUAAUCGUAGCUGUUAUGCUUGUAGUUCGAAUGAAGAACUUAAAAUGUUAAGCUUUGUAAUUGUUAUGAGAAUAAGAAUUUUAAAGCAUGUAAUAUCGUAAAAUUCCGGUGAAAUUGUUAAAAAACGAAUAAAUAAAUUACACACAUACCUUCAUAUAUACAAAAUUACAUAUUACAUAUAUAUAAAGAAAAUUUUCUGAAUAUGCCUGUGUGGAUUCAAAUUAAUUUUAAGCCAAUUAACGUAGAAAACCUGUCUACCUGUGUCUUAAUAAACUAACACCUUGGGCAACAUGCAAUCAGUGUUCUUCCAAA